AUGGGCGACGAUGACUGGGAUGAGAGUCCAGAUUUCAAGAUCGAAAUGACUGAGCAGGAGCAGCGUUGGGGCUCAAAGGCAAUACCUGGCACUGGACGCGUUGGACAUAUUGAGUAA